AUGGUUCGCUACGUGCCCCGUUUUGCUGAUGGUCAGAAAGUGAAGUUGGCCUGGCCCUUGGCUGUGUUUCGCCUGAAUCACAUAUUCUGGCCCUUGGAUCCGAGCACUGGAAAGUGGGGUCGAUAUCUGGACAAGGUUAUGGCUGUUCUGGGCUGCCUGAUCUUUAUGCAGCACAACGAUGCGGAACUAAGAUAUCUGCGUAUCGAAGCUAGAAAUGGGAACUUGGACGACUUCCUCACCGGCAUGCCAACCUAUUUGAUCUUGGUGGAAGCUCAAUUCCGAAGUGCUCAUAUCCUCCUGCACUUCGAGAGCCUUCAGAAGUUUCUUCAAGUAUUCUACGCCAAUAUCUAUAUUGAUCCGCGAAAGGAGCCCGAAAUGUUUCGCAAAGUCGAUGGACAAAUGCUGAUAAAUAGAUUGGUUUCCGCCAUGUAUGGAGCAGUUAUUUCUCUUUACCUCAUCGCUCCUGUAUUUUCGAUCAUUAACCAAAGUAAGGACUUUCUAUACUCCAUGGUCUUUCCCUUUGACUCGGAUCCCUUGCAUUUGUUUGUGCCACUGCUGUUGAGUAAUGUGUGGGUGGGGAUUAUCAUCGACUCCAUGAUGUUUGGGGAGACUAGUUUGCUGUGUGAAUUAAUUGUUCAUCUCAAUGGUAGUUAUCUGUUGCUCAAACGGGACUUGGAGUUGGCUAUUCAAGAGAUUUUGGCUGCCAGGGAACGUCCUCAUAUGGCCGAACAUCUGAAGAAACUAAUUGUGAAAACUCUUAGAAAAAAUGUGGCCCUAAAUCAUUUUUGCCAGCAGUUGGAGGCCCAGUACACUGUGCGGGUUUUUAUCAUGUUUGCCUUCGCCGCUGGUCUUUUGUGCGCUCUCUCAUUUAAGGCUUAUACGAAUCCCAUGUCAAAUUACAUUUACGCAAUUUGGUUUGGGGCCAAAACAGUUGAACUGCUUUCUUUAGGCCAGCUUGGUUCAAACUUGGCAUUUACUACAGAUUCACUUAGCUCCAUGUAUUACCUAACCCACUGGGAACAAAUCCUACAGUACUCUACAAAUCCGCAGGAAAACCUGCGGUUGCUUAAACUUAUCAAUUUAGCCAUCGAAAUGAAUAGCAAACCCUUUUAUGUGACAGGACUGAAAUAUUUUCGCGUUAGUCUGCAGGCUGGAUUGAAAAUACUGCAGGCAUCCUUCUCGUACUUCACAUUUCUCACCUCGAUGCAGCGUCGACAAAUGAGCAAUUAA